AUGACAUACGAGCUACCGGAAGUCAAGCUCUUUCGUAUCGAUACCGAUACACACCCGAGGCAAUAUGUCGAAAAAGCCGACAUCAAACACACCCCAAGUAAGUUUAACCCAACCUGGACAUCUCUUGGGGAUGACGAUAUCGAACCGGACUUGGAAGCCCAAGCCUCAGCCUUCUUUCACUUGGCUCAAGGCAUUGAAGAUGCAAUGGACGAGAUCCCAGACAAUAAUCGUAUCUUGAGGAAACCCCAGGAUGAGCUUGUCAUUGUGGACACCAACGUCCAGAUGCCCAUCUGUGUCAACAAACAGAAGAUCGAGGUGGGGUCCACCGUUAUGUACGCGAUGUCGCCUCAGAAAUCCUUGUGGCGCGAUUGCGUGACCUUGGCAUUUAAGGUUGCCCGUGAGCGUUAG